CAAUUCACUAUCCUAGCGUUUAGCAACCCUGUUUUCAUAAAUUGAAUUAAAUUCGUCGAUUAAAUUAAAUUUUUUUUAUUUCUGAAACGCGAAUCGAAUUUUUUAUCAUUUUAAUUGUUUCAAUGCGACUCUUUCGUUGGAAUAUCUCCGCUUGCCAUGUUGUACAAAUCAAAAUCGAAUCAAGAAACUCAGAUGCUGAUCGAUUUGAAACUACAAGUAAAGGUUAUUAAUUAGAUGAGUUUUAUUUAAAUUCAUAAAGUAUUGAAGUAACGACCUAAGUUUACAGCAAAACCAUGUAUUCGAACAAUCAGUGGUCUUUUAACCCAGCAGUCUAUCAAAAUAUACCUUACGAACAAGUUGAUUGGGCUUCGUUGGCUCAACAAUGGAUCAAAAUGAAGGAAACACCGUCGACGACCCAAGGAUCAGCUCCACCUCCUGCAGCGUCUAUUUCGAAGGAUUUCCCAGCUCCAGCAUCAACUCGGCUAUCAUCUCAAUCCAGCAAUGAUAUCGAAGGAGGUGAAGCACCUAUGGAUAUGGAUACCAAAGACGAUGAAGCUACGUCACCUACCGUCGGUGCAACAGGAACGAGUGGUAAUUGGAAUCAGUGGAGUAAUUGGCAGACUCCGUGGGGGUGGGGUUGGUCUGGAAAUUCAGGUAGUGUACCAUCGAGCGAAAAUACUCCAUCGGCUACGAGCAACGUCGAUAGUAAGGUAAAGUCAACCAAUAACGAUUCUAUCGCCGCCCUUAACGAUGUUAGAAAUUUCAAUUCUGCAUCUACAACGCAAGUAUCAAGUACCUUCAAUUACAAUAACACCGGUGGUACUGUAAUUCCACCGAUAAUUCCGAAAUCGAAUUACUCGUUCAACAACACUUUUCCACCGGCUGGAAAGAGUUCUUCGGAUAAUUGGCAUCGAUCUGGUAAAUCUUCCAAUCGUCAAAUGCCACCGAAAUCAACGCCACCUGAACAGUUUCCAGUGCUUGAUGCAGCCAAAAAGAAACAAUUACCUGCUUGGAUUCGAGAAGGAUUGAACAAAAUGGAACGAGAAAAACAAAAGAAAAUGGAAAGAGAACGAAUGGUUCAUGAGAAACCCAUCGUAGAUUACAUGAAUCCCGAAUAUAUCGAACCUGAACCAGCUUCUAUGCCUAUUUACGUUGAAGAACCUCCACCCAGAGAUCCUCCUCCAUCGAUGUCGGACUACGGACUUAGAUAUUCACCAGAACCGCCUCCAUUGGCGUUCAAAUACCAAAAACGUCGUUCGCCUUCGAUACCUCGACAACGUUCGAGGGAACCUCAGGCAUUACGUAAGACUAAGGAUCAGAUAAUGGAAGAAUCGAUGUUGAAAGUUAGAAGAAUUUUAACUGAGAUAUUAUUGGAGGCGACCGAAAAGCAGGUACAAUUAAUUGCUAAAGAGGAACACAGAAGAUAUAGAGCAUCAGCUUCAGCUCCGCAGAUACGAAAGAGUAAUGCCUUAACUUCCUUAACUGGAAAUUUGGGAUUAGACGUAUACGAUAGCGAUGAUAAUAGCUCGGAUGGCGAACGUGACAGAGAUGACGAUAUCGACUCCGACGAAGAGCUCAAGAUGGUUAUUGAGAAAAAGAAGCGAGAUUUUACUCUUGUCGAAGACGAAAUUGAUCGCUUGGUCGAAGAUCAAGAAACCAGGGAAAGAUUAAUUGCUCAACGUGACUCGAGAGACGAAGAUGAUAUCGACGAUGAUGCCAAUGAAGACGAUGAAGAAGAUGAACCGAGAGCUCGAAACAGUCGAGAUAAAGAUAUCGGCGGGCCCGUAUCACAUCAAAGAUACCCAGAUCACGACCGCGAAAGACAAUUCGAUCGCGUCGUCGAGUCGAGAUCCAUCGACGAAGACCGAAACGAUUUUCGCAGCGUCAAUCGCCGUAACCCAUCCGCCAGCAGCAUCUCGAGCGAACCCAGACAACUGAACGGUGACACGAGACCCGUUCCUACAUUAGACGCUGCCCCCGACCUCGUUUCCACAUCGACCGAAGCACCCGUCGAAAAUGCGACGGCUCGCGUCAGUAAAAAAGACAAUAGCAGCAGCAGCAGUAGUAGUAGCAGCAGUAGUAGCAGUAGCCAAUCCGCUCGAGCCGAUCACAAAACCAGCAAAUCGAAACGUUCUUCUACUAAACGCUCGUCGUCGCGCAGAUCCAGGUCAUCUUCUUCAUCGUCGUCGUCGUCAUCGUCGUCUUCGUCGUCGUCGUCGUCGAGCUCGUCUUCGGGACACGGCGCCGACUCGAAGAGUUCUAGCGACGAUGACGAUAGCCCCACCACAACCGAUGAUAGUAAAUCGAAACGCGAUAAACGUAAGAAAAGCCGAAAGUCGCGUAAAAAACCCGAUACAACGGUUAAAUCGUCCUCUAGCUCUGGCAAAAAAUCUAAACGUCGCAGUUCCGACGAUAGCGAUUCCGAUAGCAGGAAGUCGCGUUAUAAGGACGCCAAAGACGGUAAAGCCUCGUCGUCGUCGUCGUCCUAUAAACGUACCAACUCUAGGAAUACCGAUUCGGUCGAAAGGUCGAGACGUCGAAGAUCGCCUAGUUACCGCAGACGGUCUCCUAGUUACCAUAGGUCCAGUAGUAGGCGAGAUUAUUCGAGUAAGUACAAAGAUUCUCCGUCGUCGUCGUCACGAUCUCGAAGACGUGGCGCCGAUGACUAUUCCCCCGAAUCGAAACGAUCUCGGUAUCGGAGCAGUUCCAGGGAGUCGUCUAGGUAUAAACGUCGUUAAUUUGCACUUUCGGCGUCUCGAUUCCGCGAUCAUUAUCGCCUGCUAAAAUGAUCGAAAGAUCUUCUGGGAGUUCUGGGUGAAGCUCAUAACGUCAGAUAGGUAUUUCCAUAUGGGUUGUGGCUCUUUAGAGAUACGUAUGACGAUAACUCGUAUCUGUUUCGCUCAUCCUAAGGUGUAAUUUAGGUUUUCGAAUAAGAAAAAAAGGGGUUUCUUUAUCACAUGUUCGGAACGAGUCAUUUGGGUAACUUUCGUCCGGCUAUUUCUUUUUUUUCUUUUCUUUUUCAUUCUUCAAAUGGAAUUCUGACCUAUAUUUAUAUUUUUCGCUUCAUUCAGUAUGUAGCUUUAAAAGGUGAACUUUUCCAACACCUUGGUUUUCGUUUAGAUUUUAUUCAUCUCUUUGUCUCUUUAUGCAGUUUCUUCAAGGCUGAUGAACCGAGUUUUAAUUUUUUUUUUACUGCCUUUGAUUAUUUUUUUCUUUCUUCUGGUUUCACCGAGUUUUAUGUACCUAAGCUGUACAUUUGUUUCUCCUCUCUCUCCCCCUUUCUCAGAUCUCGCAUCAAUUCCCUCCCACACUCCAUCCCUUAUUGUUGACAAAGUGAUGUUUACAACGAUUGCGGGUUCAUUUAUUCAAUUUUUUAAAUUUUAAUAGCAAUUUUUCUCUCUUUCUUAUAUAUUCAAGUUCAAGUACUGUAUAAUUUGUCGCUGGUAUGAUUUGCCGAUUGCUGGUAACAAUCUGUCUUUGCCCUCCACCCCUUUUGCCUUCCUCAUCGUACCUCGAGUUGUUGGUAUUAUCGAAAGCAAAGUUUAAAAAAAUGUAAUUUUGUAGGUGGUAAAGUUUAAAAUUUUUAUCGUUUACGGCUUAUUUGAAAAAAUUAUUUUGUGAUACUAUUUUAAGCGCUUGUAUUUUUUUUUCUCGUGUAUUAUUUUAAAGUAAUUAAAACGUACGAACUGGUGUCUUAUCUGAA